AUGUUUAUUAACCUUGCUAUUAUUCUAUCCCAGCAACUAGGCAAUUGUAUCGGUCGAGGUCAAUUUGGCGCCGUCUACAGGGCGUUGGAUCUUGCCACCGGUGAAAUCGUAGCUGUCAAGAGAAUCAAGUUGGAAGAUGGAGAAAUGGAUCAGGAAAUGAUGAAAGAGGUGAAUCUGCUAAAGACAUUGUCCCACCCCAAUAUCAUCCAUUAUCUGGGAUUCAUCCGCAGCAAGAAUAACAUGAACAUUGUUCUCGAAUACGCGGAAAACGGUUCGUUAAUGUCUACCCUCAAAGCCUUUGGCGCCUUUCCAGAAAAGCUAGUCGCUUCUUUUUGUAUCAAAAUUUUGGAUGGUCUCGAAUAUCUGCACGCAAACGAGGUUGUGCAUUGCGAUCUAAAGGCGGCCAAUAUCCUCACGACCAAGACGGGCGAUGUCAAGCUCACCGAUUUUGGCGUGUCGCUCAAUCUAAAAAUCAAAGGCGCCGAUGCAGGUGCGGUAUCCGGUACACCGAAUUGGAUGGCACCAGAAGUGAUUGAACUAAAGGGAGCUUCUACCAAAGCUGACAUUUGGUCUCUCGGAUGCACCCUGAUUGAGCUGAUCACCGGAAAACCACCCUAUGCAGAUCUGAUAGCUAUGUCGGCCAUGUUCCGUAUCGUAGAAGAUGACUAUCCUCCUCUCCCAGAAGGCAUCUCCGAGGAUAUGCAUACUUUUCUACUUUGUUGUUUCCAAAAGAAUCCUGAGGACCGUCCCACAGCUACCCAGUUAAAGGAGCAUAUUUGGGUCCAAAAAUACAAGCGCACUUCUCAAAAGCCAACCCUUCAGUGCAAUGUACGCGAAUUACAGCGAUACCGUUUACCUACUCCGGAACCGUCUCCCAGUCCAAAGAACGAAAUUUCACUCAAGAGCUUCUUGGAAGAGGAAGAGGAUUAUACCACACAUCGAUUUAUACAAACGUCCUUUGUUGUAGAAUGCAAAGUGUGCUGCAGCUUAAUGAGCGAUGAUGCCAUCUUUUGUGAAGUUUGCUCACUAAUUUGUCACGACAAAUGUAAACGGUUGGCCUUUUCAUGUCCACCCAAAGUGAACGAUCAACAACCCUCAUACGACGUAAGCUUACUAUAUAAAUUGGAUUGA